UCUAACAAGUAUUUUAAGACAAAGAUUCAAAGAAAUGUGAAAAUGAAGUUGUUCUGCAGUGAUAUUUUCGCUUUUGAUGACUCUUCGAAAACUUGACUUUUGUCUGCAUUGCUAUUUAAUGCUGGCUUUAAUCACUUCAAUUUCAGAUUUGUUAGAGAAUGUUACUGUGGAUGGAGCCAUUUUGAAAACAACCUAUUAACUUAGCUGUUCGGUAAUAGAUCACAGAUGACUUCAAAAUGCAGAAGAACAAAAACAUGUCGCACACGAGGCCCAAAAAGGAGUUGCAGCCCUAUGAGUAAGGAGAAAUCACCAGACAAUAAAGAGCUCAAGGAACCACAUUUCAAGAGAGUGCUAAAUGGCACAAACAGCUUUGGUUCUAAAAACAAGAGCAUGAUUCUGAAUGCAGACAGCAAAGAAAAUGACAAGGGUUGCAGUUGUAACGCGAUAGUUUCACCUGUUCACCGCUCACCAGUAAGUAGUGAUGGACAUAAGAGCUCAGUCCACAGUAGUAAUCAUGAAGGAAAAAAUCUGGAUACAGCUUUAUCCACUGACUCCUCUUCAGUUGCUGAAAUAACUGUGUCUGAUAGUGCUGGUGAUAGAUCAGUUGCAGAAGAUUAUGCCACUGAAGCUAGUCUCAUAGACUUUGAUGAGACUUUCUAUUCAGCACGCAGUGAUACUGAAUCUUUGUACCAUUCCUGUGGUAGAGUUGUGAUGGAUUCCACAAACAGUGACUCUGUAGUGAUUAGUGAUGAGGAUAAUGGGAAAGAAGAAGAACUUGAUGAUGAUGUAAAUGAAAGUUUGUUUUUUACAAAAGAUGCGUACAAUCAAAUCCACCAAGAGUUGACUGUUGAAGAUUUGGAGAACAAAGAAAAGAGUUUUAAAGUUUUAAAGAAAAAAGAACAAGGUGAUGACAUGUUGAAUGAAAGAGGAAGUGGAAAAGAUUGUGAUUCUGUGAGCAUAUCACCAACAGGAGCAUUAACAUCAUUAAAAUCAAAGAUUAACAGUGUAAAAGUCAGUAACAACAAUAUUUUUGAAGAUUUUAUGGAGAGACCUCACACAAGUAUAGUUGGCGACAGUGACUAUAUAGUCAAAUUUGAUGCACAUGUUGAGGAGACUAUUGUUGAUUGUGGUUCUUCUACAGAUUCUGGCAUGCUUCCUUACAAGGGAGCAGACCAAGAUAGCAGCUCUGAUGAAGGUAAAGAAGAAGAAUUUGAUAAAGACAGGGACCAAUUCAUUAGCAGCAAUAAUUUUUGUCAAGAGGAUGAAGGAACUUUACCUGAACGCUCCGAUUCUUCCGAUGAGGAUCUGUUAACUCCGCCAAGAUUUCUCUAUGAAAAGACAAGGUUGAAACCAGAUAUUUGCACUCCUGAAAAAGGAGUUGCUCCAGCUUAUUUUACCCCCUCCCCAGUUGCCAGAGGAGAGGGAGAGGAGAAGACUGUCAAGUAUAAACUCUCAUUUGACAAGUUAAUUGCUGACAAAGCAAAGCACAGAGAAAGGAAUGCUGAACUUGCUAAGAUGGAGGAAGAGUUACAGCAAGGGAUAGAUAAUGGAGGCAUUGGUCAACUGCCGGUUCCAAGUACCUUCAGUGACAUAGAAUCAGAGGAGGAACUGACCGAUGAUGGACGUGACCUGAGAGACUGCUCCUUACCUCAGGACUUUAAAAAGUUUCUUGUGGAGGUGCAUGAUUUUUCUGAAGAGCUGCCUGGAGAGGAUAUUUUCCCAGUGUUUCAUCCUAAUGUUACAUCUCAAGAUUUUCCCCAUCUGUCAAUGGUUCCUCAUCCACAUGGCAAUUCUUUUGAGGCAAAGCUGGUAUCAGCUUCAGACAUUGAGCUGCAGGAGUUGUUGUGUGGAGGAUGGGUACUGCAGCAUUACCUGGAUACACUCUGCCCAUCUGAAGUGGCAGAAUGGCUAUUCCAGAUCAUGUGUCGUCACACAGAUCAGCAUAUCAUCAACACAUGUUUUCAAGUCCUUUGGAUCAUGCUGGAAGCAGCUACAGAGGAUAGAGAUGAUAUCCCAGCAAACUCCAGAGGUACCCUGUGGGUUCCUGGUAUCAAGACAGUCUUAAAAGAGCUGUUUUCCUAUGGUGCUAGGAUUCCAAGGCUUUAUCCUGGAGAGCUUGUUAAUCAAUUGAAUAUAAGUGAAGUUUUGUUAAGUGAGAACUCUUCAGAUGCAAUCCAUAUGGAAGAAGAAACAGUUGGAGGUGUAAUGCAGACUGAAUCUUUUCCUCUAAUCAAUGUGAUGCACCUUGUUCAGCUGCUUACUCACAGUCUUCAAAAGUGUCCUCAGUUGUACACUGUUCAGGAUUUAAGAAACCUCAUGGUGCUGAUGUGUCGCUUGGCUCUAGAUACUAGACUUCAAACUGUAGUGUUUGAUAUUGAGAUGUGUAUUGCAGCAGUGCUAAGCUGUUUUGGAGAGACACAGUGGCCUGAUGAGAUUAAAGAGUUGUGUGGUAUUUUGACAAAACUGAGCACAAACCAUCGGAACCUGUUGCAUCUUGUGGAGAUUCAGCCCCCAUCAACUUAUGGCAUUGAGCUUCAGCGCCAUCUUAGUUUGACACUGGUUCACUGGUUGGUGCCCAAGUUUCAUAGCCGUGAGGAAAUUGAAGAAAACCCAGAUGGUGACAGAUGCAACGGAACUGUUCCAGACAAUGUUGAGGUAGCCAGUUUGAUUAAACUUGUAUCGCAGAUUAAACCUACAGAUGACUCAGACUAUUUCUUGUUGCACACAAUUAUCUCAUUGAUCAGCUUUGCUGUUGGAAGUGAGGACUUGCCAUCUAAAGAGAGGCCAUCUCUGGAAAAGUUGACCAACAAGCUGAGAACAUUGAAUGGGGAUAUCAAAGAUCCAAGGGCUGCAUUCAUGAGCAGAACCAAGGUGAAGGAUCUUUUAGUAAGGACAAUCUUUAGGCUGGCAAACAUGGUUCAGUGUAUCAAGCCACUCAAAGAGCAUCACAUAGCCAGCUACUUUGAGUACUCUACCUCAGAUUACCAGGUAGAGCUGUUGAAGGAAAAUGAGGAGAAUUUGGAAGAGUUACCAGAGAAUGACGAGGAAGAAUCUAUGACAGGAGUGCAGGAUAUGGACUCUAGUACGUAAACUAAAGAUGAAAAGAAGACAUUAGUAGACUUGGCUAGUAGGCUUGGUGCCUGGCAAUGAAAAUCAGGAGGAUAUGUUGGUUUUUUUUUUUUUUUCUGGUAGAUUCAUGUAAAUAUGUACAGUCAAACUUAUUUUACAGUCUAAGUUGUUUUGUUGUUUUCUGAUCUGUUUCUGGCAAAGUUGAGUCAAUCAUGAAUAAUUAUGGUAUCACUGUUCUGGAAAGAUGUGUUUUUAACAUCAUUUUUGUAAAUAUGUCAUGCAAGUAUUAGGAAAUUUAAUUCUGUGAAUAUAGAUACCAGCAUCAGUCUUAAAUGAAUGAAAAAAAAAGUAUAUAUUGUGAUUGUGGAUGUGGGAUAAUCUUCUGGAAGGAAACAACAUGCAAUCAGGUUAAUGUGGCUUGUGAGCUGUAAGUAUUUAUCCAGUCUAUGACAAGUUAAGUUUGCUCUUAUCCUAAUUUCCAUAAAUGAAGUGACUUUGAGUAUUGCAACUCUCCCUGAACAGGAUGGCAGUCCAGUGCAGGUUAAUUUCGUUAAAUAACAACCACAAUUGUCUUUUGUAACAACAUUUUUUUGUACGAGUAAUAUAAUUUUAUUGUAAUAUUGUUUGUAAUUCAACAACGAUCUCACCAGCCUAACUUAUGCCAUCAACUCAGCCAAAAAAAAAUAAUAAUAAAAAGGGCAGAAGUCCUACCGAAGAAAUGAAAUUUGUCAAUUAAAAUGGUCAAAACUCUUAA